GAGAAAAAUAGAGGACAUAAAGGCGUCAGGUUUUGUAUCAAUAGAGGACAGAGGACAACCAGACUGUCCUCUAUGAUGGUCACCCUAGUGGGUAACAGGGAAAGAAUUUUCCCUCUAGGUAGGCCAGAGGUUCCCAAACUUUAUCUUAUUGCAUACCCCAUUCCAGAUAUACCAGCUGCCUGCGUAGCCCUACCAGCAUCUGCUAUUACACAAAUUUCACCUGCAUACUCCCCAGACAUGUAUCCCCAGGGGGACUUGUGCCAGUUUGGGAACCCUUGAAAUACACAUUCAGGUUUUGACUUGGUGCAUAGUGACUAAAAUCUGUUGCCAUCUGACAUGAGUCAAUCCAGUUCAGUCCAGAGGACCAGGGCCAAAUGGCUAUGAAGACAUGUUCUCACCCCAUGCAAACUUCAAGAAGACUUGGAUGCCUAAUUCCUUUUAAUCUCCUUUCAGGAUCCAGCUCUAACUGCCUCCCACCCCAGGGAAGUGUCCCUCCAAGUAAAGAUUGGAGGUGCGUUCACGGAGAAGAAAGUCUAAUAUUGCUACCGUUCACCCUGAGGAGAGGGGAACCAGCAGUCUCCCUGAAUAUCAACUAGGUCUUUCCCAACCACUCAUACUGUCCCUAGUCUGGGCAGGUUUGUAUCAUUAUCACCUCCCGGCCAGUGGGGAAAAAAAGGAGGGUGACAAGCAGUGGCUAACUCAGUCACACAGGAAUAGGACCCCAAGGUUUUGAUCAUAAGGUACUUUAACAUGACCAGCUUUGUACAUUUAACAUAAAAUAAUAAUUAAGGAUUCAUUAACCCAUAGUCCCCUCCUAUGUGGCAUUUUCACAUUACAUUUUUGGCACUGUACUUUGGCAGGAAUGCUUCGCAAGAGCAUCCCAUUUUGCAACUCUAGCUUUCCUUUUCUUGCCACAGUGGGGUUGAGAAAUGAUUUCUAGUCCCUUAGUGAAACCCUGGGCAUGAACUGCUGGCUGGGAUUAAGGGCUGUCUGUUAUGGUCUGGACCAAAGAGGAUCUUUUCCAAGAGCCAAUCGCUGCCAAGGAGGUGCGGCUUCCAUCCUUUUAGGAGCUGCGGGGAGAUUGCCGGGUGGGUGUCAGUUCUCUUCUAAGAUCACCAUGAUUUUCUCCCAGCACAUUUGGAAAAGCAUGCAACUCUUGUCCCUGAUGGCUGUAGUGUGGUGUGUCCUAACACCUCUGGCACAGGCCAGCAAGAGCUCUGAGGACAUCCGCUGCAAAUGCAUCUGCCCCCCUUACAGGAAUAUCAUUGGGCACAUUUACAACAGGAAUGUGUCACAGAAGGACUGCAACUGCUUGCAUGUGGUGGAGCCAAUGCCAGUGCCAGGCCGUGAUGUUGAAGCCUAUUGCCUGCUGUGUGAGUGCAAGUAUGAGGAGCGCAGCACCACCACCAUCAAGGUUAUCAUCAUCAUCUACUUGUCAGUGGUCGGGGCACUGCUGCUCUACAUGGCCUUCCUCAUGCUGGUCGACCCGCUGAUCCGGAAGCCAGAUGCCUAUACCCAGCCCCUGCACAACGAGGAGGAGAAUGAGGAUGCACGCUCACUGGCAGCGGUACCUACUCCUUCUGGUGCCAGAGCCAACACGGUGCUGGAGAGGGUGGAAGGAGCCCAGCAGCGGUGGAAGCGGCAGGUGCAGGAGCAAAGGAAGACAGUUUUCGAUCGGCACAAGAUGCUGAGCUAGAGGAAGCUGAGCCCUCAGCACCAUUCGCCAGGGAUAGGCAGCUGCAGUGCAACUGGGCAGAGGCCAUAUAUCUUACCCAAUAGGAUGCCCUUGGUGUUUGGUUUGAAUUCCCCAUAUCCCCCCUCUCCAAUGUAUUGUUUCCCAUAAGCAAGCCUGAAGCCCCUCAAUGUGACCCUCACCCCCUCUUUACCUUCUCAGGCAAAGCUGCCUACGCUGACCACUGACCCUAGGGCUGCAUGAGAACAGUCUCAAAUCGAGUGCUGUUUAGGGACUGAAUUUCUCCAAGGAACGAAAUUCUACACUAAGACCAUAGCUCCCAGCAUGCUGUGGGAGCUGCAGCCUGAUCCCAGCAGCUAUGGUGUACCAUCACGUGCUAGGAACCGCAGGCUCUGCCAAUCGUACCCCUGCAUUAGAGAUACGGGAAAUGUGAAAGUCAGGUUUAGAAGGGCCAGGUCUGUGCUUGGCUCAGCAGCUGUGCCCCUGCUUGUACGGAAAAGAGACGAUUCUGGGAAUCUGGGAGGAUUCUCCCUUGGCUCUAGCUCUGGCACAAAAACUGCAGCCUACAGAAUUCGAAGAAAAACUAUUUCAUGAAACUUAAAGUCAUUUGAAGGUGGCUGAGCCCAUUCCUGACUCACAGGAGAUACCUGCUUCAGUGUCUGGCUUCUGCCAAACCUCCUUACCUGCUGUGCUGUCAAACCAGUGACACCACAUGCCAGGGGCACACAGGCCUUUGAUGGCUGACAAAGACCCUGGCCUUAGCUGAGAUUCUCUGGCCCAGGGAACUCGAGUGAAAGCUUGCAUUUGUAAGUACUAUUUAAGACCAAAUAAACCAUGUGUGUAUAUGUAGGA